AUGCGGCAAGAUAUCCGACAAGCAUUCCUUGCUGCUCCCGGACUGGACAGACGUUCCAAGAACGUGGCGCUGAUCACCGUCGGGCUUGAAGCACAGGACGCUGGCCUGGUGGGGGAGCUUAUGGAGGACGUAGAUGUGGGCGCGGUCGUCCAUUACGGCCCUCGGUUCCCGAUGCUUCCAAAGAACACUGAGCCACCGUACAUCUGCCACGUUUCAGGAGAGGAUACAGAUCACCUUUCGGCGCUCCAAAAGGCCGCCCUCGACGAGAUCGUCCCCCGUUCAAGCCUACCUUUUGACCCGACGCUGUUCAAGCCUCGCGCCUCCGUCGGACCUCGGAAGCCAAAAGCGUGCGAAUACUUCUCUUAUCCCGACGUCAGCUGCUCGGAUCCCUGCAGCUGGGCCUUUGCCUUUCCCUUUUCCUCCAACACGCGCCACUUUGCCUUUGCGAAAGCGCGCACCGAUGCGGACCGGAGCGCCUCGUCAUUGUCAUAUAGCCGUACCCUGCAGCUGCUCCAAGACACCAUUGGGCCGCGAUUUGAUCGUGAGCAGCUGUGGGACAGACACACUCAUUAUGAAUUUGUCGAAAGAGACAGCUUCAAGACCAUGCAGACGAUGGUCAGCGACCCGUUCGUCAAUCACGUCAGCUCCCUCACUGGCGGUGCGGGCCAUGCGCAACUGGCCAGAUUUUACGAACAUCAUUUCACAAAAAGCAGUCCGCCAGACACGAAGCUAGUCGGCCUUUCAAGGACGCUGGGUCCUGAUCGAGUCAUUGACGAGAUGAUCUUCGAGUGCACACACACGCAAGAGAUUGAAUAUUUUCUACCUGGUGUCGCACCUACGAACCGGCGUCUGCGAAUCCCCAUGGUCGGCAUUGUCAACCUGCGCGGCGACAAGCUGGCAUUCGAGAGCCUCUAUUGGGAUCAAGCCAGCGCCCUUGUCCAGCUCGGUCUGCUCGAACCAAAGGUUGGCUUGCCAAUUGCGGGCCAAGAUGUGCCAGACAAGGUUCUUGAUCCUUUUGGAGUCCCUUCCAACGGGCUCCUGACCAACUGGAAGAAGAGCGAGAAUCUUCCUGUUCCGGGUUUGCCGUAG